AUGCUGUUUGCACGUAACAUUUGUCAAGCAGCCACUUCCUCGUCGCUGCUGUCCCGCGCCAUGUCAAUCGUUACUGACAAGAAGUAUUAUAUCCUACGCUAUGAGUACGUGAGCGAUAUUUUGGAUCGUCGUGGACCUUUCCGUGCGGAGCAUCUGGAGCGUGCGGUGAAUGCCAAGCGCGAUGGUCACGUCAUAAUGGGCGGCGCACUUGUGAAUCCACCAGACGCUGGCGUCUUUAUCUUUAACGUGGAGGACAAAGAGGUGAUUGAAAACUUUGCAAAAAGUGAUCCAUACGUUGUCAAUAAUCUCGUCACGUCCUACAGUAUCCGUGAAUGGACGGUCGUUGUCUAG